AUGGCAACCGUCCUCCUCAUCCUUGACGUCCAAAACGGGGUAAUCGAUCGCCUCCAUAGCCCAGAGCCCUACCUCGAACGCCUAGCAUCAACUGUCACUUCUGCACGCAAGGCCAACGUGAAAAUCAUCCACGUCAUCACCGCCUUUCGUCCAGGCUACCCAGAAAACAAUCCAAACAACUCAUCUGUACCCUCUGUCGUCGCUCGCGGUGAAUACCUCGAAGGCCACUCGUCAGUGCAAGUUCACCCAGCCAUUGCACCUGUAUCUGGAGAAGUGGUCCUCACCAAGCGUCGUGUCUCGGCUUUCUUUUCUACUGAACUUGAUAUGCUUUUGCGCUGCGCAAAUGCCGAGUCUAUCGUUGUCGCAGGCUUGAUCACCAGCGGAGCCGUACUAUCGACUGUUCGCCAGGCAAUGGACAUGGACUACCGUAUUACUGUGUUGGAAAAUUGCUGCAUGGAUCGUGAUGAGGAGCUGCACCGUGUGUUGAUGGAGAAGGUCUUUGCGCGCAAGGCGGAUGUUCUUUCGGCUGCGGAAUGGGCCGAGAAGCUUUUCACCGAGGCGCAUCGCUAA